AUGGCAGCUGCACACAACAAUGAGUUUAAACUUGUUGGUCCGAGUAGUAAAGAGGCUUAUGGCCCAGCUGCCACACUCUCAUGUCGCCUGUCUCCUGAAAUCAGUGCAGUGCACAUGGAGAUUCGAUGGUUUCAGAGGACCCACUGUGUUUGCAUCUAUAAGAACGGACAGAUAAUAGAGGGUGAAGGCUAUGAGGGCAGAGUGAGUCUGUUUCUUUCGGAACUGGAGAAAGGAAACGUUUCCCUACAAAUGAAAAACUGUAUAAAGUCAGAUAAAGGAGAUUACCUAUGUCAGGUCAUUGAUGAAGACACAAUAGAGGAACUUACAGUAAAAGUUGAUACAGGUCAUUUAUCAUCGAUUAACAAAAAAUGGAAAGAAGAAGAAAAAAUAAAAAUGAAACAUUCUGCUCUACUGACUGGUGAUGAAAAUGAACUUAAGACACUAAAGAAUGAACUUCAACACAAGACCAGUAAAGUACAGGAGAUGGUGAUUCAACUGGAGUAUCAAAAAACCCUGUUGGCAGAAAAAAACAAGCAGUUUGAAGAACAAAAGAGUCACCUUACCAAGACUGAGGCAAAACUCAUGGAAAAAGACAAAGAGGUCCAGGAAAAAAACAGCCUACUUAAUAUAAAGGACAGAGAAACAGAGGAGAAAAACAUUAAAAUCAGAAAUGUGAAUUCCGAAUUGUGUGAAAAAACUAAGAAAUUACAGGAGAAUCAAAAGCAGUUGGAGGAGACCAGAACACAGCUGGAGAAAACAGUGCAAAACAUGGAAAUCAGUAAACAAGAACUAGAGAUCAAGCAGCUCCAUGAGAAAGAAAAACUUAUGGCAGAAUUGGCACAAACACAUGACAUAAAAGAACAACAAAUGAAAGACAAAAUCAUACAAUUAGAAAACACUGUCAAGAACAUGACAGUCCAGUUAAAGCAACAAAACAUUGAGGUGACAGAGAAAAACAAACAGCUUGAGGAGAAAAAUACGAUUCUAAUAGAAAACACAAAUUCAUUUCAAAUAAAGGAGAAGGAAAAGGAGGAGAUGAACAAACUGUUCUGCGAAGCAAAAUAUGAACUGGAGAAAACCACCAAGACAUUAGAGGUGAACCAGAAGCAGCUGGAGGGAAGAGACAAACAAAUAAAGAACCUGGUAAAAGAGAUGGAAUCCAAUAAAAUUACCAUUGUGACACUGAGACAGGAGCUACAGGACAAGAGUAGCAAACUACAGGAGAUGAUGGUUCAGGUAAACCAACAAACAAACGAGUUGGUAGAAAGAAAAAAACGGCUUGAAGAGAAAGAUGGUCUUCUAACUGAGAGAGAGAAACAGUUAUUGGAAAAAGACAAACAGGUCCAAGAGAAAGAGCAACUUCUAACAGAAAAUAAACAUUUACUAAAUAUAAAAAACAAGCAAUUAGAUGAGACAAAUGGUCAUCUAAAAAAAGUACACUUUGAAGUAGAAGACACUUAUAAGAAGUUAAAGGAGAGUAACACGCAGUUAGAAGAGACCAAGAGACAUACAAUCAAUGACAAGGAAAGCAGUAAAAAUAAACUAGAUACAUUGAGAAAAGAGAUGGAAUCCAAUAAAAUUACCAUUGAUAAACUGGGACAGGAGCUACAGGACAAGAAAAGAAAGAAACAGCUUGAAGAGAAAGAUGGUCUUCUAACUGAGAGAGAGAAACAGUUAUUGGAAAGAGACAAACAGGUCCGAGAGAAAGAGCAACUUCUAACAGAAAAUAAACGUCAACUACAAUUAAAAGAGAAAGAUUUGAAAGAGGUGAAUGAUACACUGAAAGAAACAGUGAAUAAACUAGUGGAGCAUGAGAGACAAUUAGAAGAUAAAAAUAUACAACUACAAAACACUGUUACAAAGAUGGAAACCAGUAAGAAGAAAACAGAGACACUGGAAAAGAAGCUGCAGGACAAAAACACCCAACUACAGGAGAUGACAAUUCAAUUAGAUCACCAGAAAAUUGAGGUGACAGAGAAAAACAAACAGCUUGAGGAGAAAAAUACGAUUCUAAUAGAAAACACAAAUUCAUUUCAAAUAAAGGAGAAGGAAAAGGAGGAGAUGAACAAACUGUUCUGUGAGACAAAAUAUGAACUGGAGAAAACAACCAAGACAUUAGAGGUGAACCAGAAGCAGCUGGAGGAAAAAGAAAAACACAUGAAGAACCUGGUAAAAGAAAUGGAAUCCAAUAAAAUUACCAUUGAGACACAGAGACAGGAGCUACAGGACAAUAGUACCAAACUACAGGAGAUGAUGGUUCAGGUAAACCAACAAACAAACGAGCUGGUAGAAAGAAAGAAACAGCUUGAAGAGAAAGAUGGUCUUCUAACUGAGAGAGAGAAACAGUUAUUGGAAAAAGACAAACAGGUCCAAGAGAAAGAGCAACUUCUAACAGAAAAUAAACAUGUACUAAACAUAAAAAACAAGCAAUUAGAUGAGACAAAUGGUCAUCUAAAAACAGUACAAUUUGAAGUAGAAGACACUUAUAAGAAGUUAAAGGAGAGUAACAUGCAGUUAGAAGAGACCAAGAGACAUUUGGAGAAUACAAUCAAUGACAAGGAAAGCAGUAAAAAUAAACUAGAUACAUUGGGAAAAGAGAUGGAAUCCAAUAAAAUUACCAUUGAUAAACUGGGACAGGAGCUACAGGACAAGAGUAGCAAACUACAGGAGAUGACUGUCCAAUUAGAGAAACGGAAAAUUGAGGUGACAGAGAAAAACAAACAGCUUGAGGGGAAAAAUUCAAUUCUAAUAGAAAACACAAAUGCACUUCAAAUAAAGGAGAAGGAAAAGGAAGAGAUGAACAAACUGUUCUGUGAGACAAAAUAUGAACUGGAAAAAACAACCAAGACAUUAGAGGUGAACCAGAAGCAGCAGGAAGAAAAAGACAAACACAUGAAGAACCUGGUAAAAGAAAUGGAAUCCAAUAAAAUUACAACUGAUAAACUGGGACAGGAGCUACAGGACAAGAGUAGCAAAGUACAGGAGAUGAUGGUUCAGGUAAACCAACAAACAAACGAGUUGGUAGAAAGAAAGAAACAGCUUAAAGAGAAAGAUGGUCUUCUAACUGAGAGAGAGAAACAGUUAUUGGAAAGAGACAAACAGGUCCGAGAGAAAGAGCAACUUCUAACAGAAAAUAAACGUCAACUACAAUUAAAAGAGAAAGAUUUGAAAGAGGUGAAUGAUACACUGAAAGAAACAGUGAAUAAACUAGUGGAGCAUGAGAGACAAUUAGAAGAUAAAAAUAUACAACUAGAAAACACUGUUACAAAGAUGGAAACCAGUAAGAAGAAAACAGAGACACUGGAAAAGGAGCUGCAGGACAAAAACACCCAACUACAGGAGAUGACAAUUGAAUUAGAUCACCAGAAAAUUGAGGUGUCAGAGAAAAACGAACAGCUUGAAGAGAAAGAUGGUCUUCUAACUGAGAAAGAAAAACAGUUAGAAGAGACAAAGAGACAUUUGGAGAAUACAAUCAAAGACAAGGACAUCAGUAAAAAUAAACUAGAUACAUUGGGAAAAGAGAUGGAAUCCAAUAAAAUUACCAUUGAAACACUGGGGCAGGAGCUACAGGACAAGAGUAGCAAACUACAGGAGAUGAUGGUCCAGGUAAACCAACAAACAAACGAGUUGGUAGAAAGAAAAAAACGGCUUGAAGAGAAAGAUGGUCUUCUAACUGAGAGAGAGAAACAGUUAUUGGAAAGAGACAAACAGGUCCAGGAGAAAGAGCAACUUCUAACAGAAAAUAAACGUAUACUAAAUAUGAAAAACAAGCAAUUAGAUGAGACAACUGUUCAUCUUAAAACAGUACAAUUUGAAGUAGAAGACACUUAUAAGAAGUUAAAGGAGAGUAACACGCAGUUAGAAGAGACCAAAACACAUUUGGAGAAUACAAUCAAUGACAAGGAAAGCAGUAAAAAUAAACUAGAUACAUUGAGAAAAGAGAUGGAAGCCAAUAAAAUUACCAUUGAUAAACUGGGACAGGAGCUACAGGACAAGAGUAGCAAACUACAGGAGAUGACUGUCCAAUUAGAGAAACAGAAAAUUGAAGUGACAGAGAAAAACAAGCAGCUUAAGGAGAAAAAUACGAUUCUAAUAGAAAACACAAAUGCACUUCAAAUAAAGGAGAAGGAAAAGGAAGAGAUGAACAAACUGUUCUGUGAGACAAAAUAUGAACUGGAAAAAACAACCAAGACAUUAGAGGUGAACCAGAAGCAGCAGGAAGAAAAAGACAAACACAUGAAGAACCUGGUAAAAGAAAUGGAAUCCAAAAAAAUUACAACUGAUAAACUGGGACAGGAGCUACAGGACAAUAACAACACAAUAAAAGCAAAAGCAACCAGUCAAAGUGAACUGGAAAGAGUGGCGAAGGAACUGCAGAUCCAGCUUGAGCAACAGGACACAGAGUUGUCAGAAAAAAAUAAGCAGCUUGAAAAGAAUGAAAGACUUUUUACAAAGAGAAAGACGGAGCUUAUGGAGAAAGACAAGCAGAUUCAGGAAGAGAACAGACGUCUGACAGAGAAUUUACUUCAACUACAAAAGAUGAAGAAAACAAUAGAUGAAAAGGAUUUAUUGCUUAAAGAGGCUAAUAACAAAUUAGAGGAAACAUUACAGAAACAGGAGGAGAAUCAACAAUUGGAAGAUAAGAAUGUACAACUGGAAAACACAAUAAAACAAAUGAAAACCAAUCAAAGUAAACUGGAAGCACUGGGAAAAGUUAUUCAGGACAAAGGCAGCCAGCUACAGGAGAUGACAGUUCUGUUGGAUCACCUGAAAACUGAGUUGGUCCAAAGAAACAAACAGCUUGAGGAGAAUGAAAAACUUCUCACUGAGGGGAAAAAGGAGCUCAUGGAAAGAGACAAGACUAUUCAGGAAAAGAACAGCCUUCUCAUAGAAAAUAUGCAUACACUUCAGAUAAGGAACAAGGAUUUAAAAGAAAAAGACACACAUCUUAAAGAGGUGAAUGAUAAAUUGGAUGGUACCACCAUGAAACUAAAGAAAAACAGCCAACUCCUGGUGGAGAAAGAAAAUCUGCUGCAGAUGUUAAAUAAAGAUCUGCAGGAUAAAGACAGUAAACUACAGAAGAUGCUGAUGCUCCUGGAACAACAAAAAACUGAGUUGGUAGAAAAACACAAAAAAUCUGAAGAGGAAGUCAAAAUUCUAACUGAAAGAGAAACACAGCUUCUGGAAAGAGACCAGCAGGUUUCUGAAAUGGAUCUUCUUUUAACAGAACAUGCACGUAGACUUCAGGUAAAGGACCGCCUUCUUAAAGAGAUAGAUGAUAUACUGGAGAGAACAGCCUCAAAACUAGAAGACACGCAGACACAGUUGGAUGAGAAAAACAUACAACUGAAAACCUUGAUAAAAGACAAAGAAACCGUUACAGAUGAACUAGGUAUAAUGAAACAUGAGCUGCAGGACCAGAGACGAAAACUACAAGAAAUGAUGGGACUUCAUGAGCAGUGUAAACUUAAAUUGGCAGAUAAAAACAAACAGCUUAAAGAGAAUGAAAGAGUUUCCAGUGAGGGGAGAAGAGAGCUCAUGGAAAGAGACAAGACUAUUCAGGAAAAGAACAGCCUUCUCAUAGAAAAUAUGCAUACACUUCAGAUAAAGAACAAGGAUUUAAAUGAGAAAGACACACAGCUUAAAGAGGUGAAUGAUAAAUUGGAUGGUACCACCAUGAAACUAAAGAAAAACAGCCAACUCCUGGUGGAGAAAGAAAAUCAGCUGCAGAUGUUAAAUAAAGAUCUGCAGGACAAAGACGGCAAACUACAAAAGAUGCUGAUGCUCCUGGAACAACAAAAAACUGAGUUGGUAGAAAAACACAAACAAUUUGAAGAGAAAGUCAGAACUGAAAGAGAAACACAGCUUCUGGAAAUAGACCAGCAGGUUGGUGAAAAAGACAUUCUUUUAAUAGAGAAUGUACAUAGACUUCAGAUGAAGGACCGUCUUCUUAAAGAGAUUGAUGAUAUAUUGGAGAGAACAGCCUCAAAACUGGAGGAAACUCAGACACAGUUGGAUGAGAAAAACAAACAACUGGAGAACAUGACCUGA